UUAUUCCACCUACAGUCAAGCAAAUAAAGAAAUAAAUCCACUGAAGAGUAAAAAAAAUUAAUUAUGGGAAUGUUUAAGAAAAUAUCAACCUUUUUUAAAAAUAAAUCUGAAAAAGUGACGAUACUUGUCAUCGGUUUAAAUAAUAGUGGUAAAUCAACCAUAAUAAACCAUUUUAAAUCGCCACAAGAACAGGCUGCUAUCACAGUACCCACCGUAGGAUUCACCUUGGAACAAAUAAGAAGUGAAGGCGUCUUAUUCACAAUGGUCGAUACAUCUGGUGCGUGGCGUUACAGGAGCUUAUGGGAGCAUCAUUUCAAAAACUGCCAUGGUAUAAUAUAUGUAAUAGAUUCUAGUGAUCGCAUGAGAUUGGUUGUGGUUCGGGACGAACUUGACACACUUCUGAAACACCCUGACCUGGAAAAUCGAAGUAUACCCAUACUUUUAUACAACAAUAAAGUAGACUGCGAAGAUUCACUGUCCAGUGUAAAAAUAGCAGCUGCUUUAGGUUUAUAUAAUAUUGAAGAUAAGCCUUGGCAUAUAACGCCGAGCAAUGCAAUUACUGGUGAGGGCUUGGAGGAUGGUGUUCAUUGGUUAGUGCAGCAAAUUAAAUCUUUUGUUAGAGCGAUACGAGUGUGAAAAGAGCGAGAGCGGACGGCGCGGAGACGGAGCCUCCAAAACGCACGCAAUGCUGGUGAAGUGGAAGUGAACAUAUGAAAAAGUGCUGAGCCAAGCAGCAGCUAACACAACAGCAGUAGCAUAAGUUGGUCUUCAAGUUCAUAUUGCAGCAGCAGCAACUUCAAUUGAUAUCAAACCCGCAACAUUAUCAAUAUCAACAAUAG